GAGAUUGAUUGGGGCUUCAUAACCACUCACUAGUAUAUAUAAGGCACCCCCAUUUUGCAGCUCUUUCACCACUUAAAAAAUUUCCUUUUCUUUAAUCAAAAACGAUAACAAAUAUAUAUAUGUGAGAAAGUCAAACUGCGGCAAAGCGAUCUUACAUAGUUACAUAGAUUCAGUUAUGUCCGAAUUGGUAUCCGACAUGGCGGACUGGAGUUUGCAGGCCAUAGUCCGAGGAUCAAGCGGCGAGUUCGGGAAGAUGGACAUGGACGGUCCGGAUUCAUUCUUGCAGGCCUUGACGUCUGAUCACCACCACCAAUUCGACCAAGAUCUCCGCAGCAGUUUUCCCGAUAUCUUCGAGGGUUCCACGGGCUCCUCCGGCGAUGAGCUGGAAGAGCUUUACAAGCCGUUUUACCCGGCUCCGGUCUCGCAUGAAUCUCUGCCCGAUCACACCGCCCUUGAGUUUCAAGAACAAGAACAAAAUGCCGCCGAGGGUAAGCCGUCCACUCACGACCAAUCCGAUCAAUCAUCAGUUACCAGCCCCGUUGCUAGCGUCACCGCCGUUUACACACCCAAAUACAAGAAAAGGAAGAAUCAGCACAAGAGAGUUGUGAUUCAGGUUUCGGCUGAGGGGCUUACUUCCGACAUGUGGGCUUGGCGCAAAUAUGGCCAAAAACCUAUCAAGGGAUCACCCUAUCCAAGGAGCUAUUACAGAUGUAGCAGCUCAAAGGGGUGUUUGGCAAGGAAACAAGUGGAGCAAAGCUGUACGGAUCCAGGGAUGUUCAUAAUCACCUACACCGCGGAGCACAGCCACAGCCAGCCGACGCGGCGGAAUUCCUUAGCCGGCACGGUCAGGCAGAAGUUCCCCUCCCCCAAGCAAGACAAAACCACCGAGAAUUCGAAAUCACGGCAGCAGCAGCAGCAGCAACCUGAAUUAAUGGAUGUUAAGCCGAGAAUCAAACAAGAGGAGGAUGCGAAGCCAUCCGACGAGUUCGACGUCUCCGAUUUUGUUUUCAACGAGGAUUUCUUUUCGGGGCUGGAAGAAUUCGAUGAGUUUGCGCAGCCAUUUCCUGUAAGGCCUUGUAGCUGGGUUUAGGAGAUACUGUGUCUUAAUUAAUUGUUCGUUAAAGAGAUUGGUUGAAAUUGAUACUUGGCUUCCCUAAUGAAGUUUUUUGAUUUUUUCCAAUGUAAAAUUAGUUGUUUAUUACUCCAAUAUGUAUACAUAUAUACUGUGUAUGUUACGAUUUCAGUUAAAGAGAAAGCUGAGUGUAAAGAGGAAACCCCUAUUAAAUAAUUAAUCUAUAAUUUGCCUCAUUGAACAUUAGGUUUU